AUGUUUGGUCUGGGAGGUCGCAUUGUUCACGCCGGAGUCAUAAGCAACAAGGGACGCUCCAGAGGAAUGGCUUACGUGGAGUACGAUAGUAAGCGCGACGCCGACGAGGCCAUCCGUAGAUUUGACCGCACAACUUUCAUGGGACGUGAGAUCUUCGUCAGACAGGACCAGCCUCCUCCAUCCGAGAGAAGAAGAGAGAGAGACGACAGAGACCGCGGCCGCAGAGAGGACUCGAGAAGAAGCGAUAGAAGAGAUGAGCGUCCGCCACGCGAGCGCAGGGAGAGAUUCUCCAAUGAAGCUCCAAGACCGGGCACUGAGGUCUUUGUCGGUAACUUGCCGUUCAGCACCACAUGGCACACAUUGAAGGACAUGUUCCGCGAAGCCGGAGAUAUCAUCCGCGCUGACGUCAUGACCAACAAGUUCGGCAAGUCUCGUGGUUUCGGUACUGUUGUCUUCAGCAACGCUGACGAUGCCGACAACGCCGUCGCCAAGUUCCAAAACUAUGUUCUCGAAGGAAGAACUCUCGAGGUUCGUCACGGAAAAGAACCUGGCGAGAGAAGAAAACCUGCUUUCACCAACACCGAAUUCACAGACGGUGUGUAUUCCAACGGUAACCCUUCCAACACUAUCUACGUUGGCAACUUGCCUUUCAUCACUACUCAGACCGAUUUGUUCGAGUUGUUCGAGACCAUUGGCCGUGUGACCCGCGCCGAAGUUCAGUACAAUGAUGGUGGCAGACCCAGCGGAAACGCUGUCGUCGAGUUUGAGCUGCAGGAGUUAGCAGACUUGGCAAUCAAGAACUUGGACCUCUACAACUACGGUGGAAGAGAAUUGAACAUUACCUUCGCUCUGUUCCCACAGCGUGCUGCUACCCAAGAUGAAUACAUGGAAGAGGACAGCGCUCCAGCAGAGGGCUUUGCUCAGGAAGCUGCUGUUCAAGAGGCACCUGCUCAAGAAUUCGCUCCUCAGGAAAAUGCUGCUCCAAUUCCUCAAGAAGAGGCCCCCCAAGAGGAUGCUACUGCUAUUGAGGCAGAUGCUCCAACUUUGUAA